UCCUCCAAGAGAGAGGGCUCAACUGAACCUCACCUCAUCACGUCUCCCCCCCCACUCCUGGGAUCUGCUCAGGCCAAGAUACAUAGGAACCCAGGAGCCCCGAGCCACCAUGUCCAAGAAAACCAACACCUCCCACCCCUCCAUGGGGCAAGAGCACCCUUCAGUCACUCUGUUCCGGCAGUACCUGCGGAUCCGGACCGUCCAACCUGAUCCUGACUAUGAUGCAGCUAUACAGUUCCUGGAGAAGAUGGCAGGCGAGUUGGAGCUGGAGUUUCAGAAGGUGGAGGUGGCUCCCGGCCAUGUGGUGACCAUCCUUACCUGGCCAGGCACCAACCCCAAGCUCCGCUCCAUCGUGCUCAACUCCCACACUGAUGUGGUGCCCGUUUUCGAGGAGCACUGGAACCACAACCCAUUUGAGGCAUUCAAGGAUGCUCAGGGAAACAUCUAUGCCCGUGGGACCCAGGACAUGAAAUGUGUCAGCAUUCAGUACAUUGAGGCCAUCCGGAAGUUGAAGGCCGAGGGGCGUCGCUUCCCCAGGACCAUCCACUUGACCUUUGUCCCUGAUGAGGAGGUUGGAGGUCAUCGUGGCAUGGAGCUGUUUGUGCAGCGGCCGGAGUUCCGGGCCCUCAGAGCUGGCUUUGCGCUGGAUGAGGGCCUGGCCAACCCUACAGACAAUUUCACAGUCUUCUACAGUGAGCGUAGUCCCUGGUGGAUCUGGGUCAAGAGUUCCGGGAAUCCUGGUCACGGUUCCCGCUUCAUCGAGGACACAGCUGCUGAGAAGCUGCACAAGGUAGUCACCUCCGUCUUGGAGUUUCGAGAGAAAGAGAAGCAGAGGCUGAUGCUGGACCCCCAGCUGACCCUGGGUGCAGUGACCUCAGUGAAUCUCACCAUGCUCCAGGGCGGCGUAGCCUUCAACGUGGUCCCUGCUGACAUGAGUGCCUCCUUCGACUUCCGUAUCGCUCCUGAUGUCAACCUGGAGGCCUUUGAGGAGCAGCUCCGGGGCUGGUGCCAGGCUGCUGGGGACAGUGUUACCUAUGAGUUCCAUCAGAAGUGGACAGAGCCACGGAUGACCGCCACAGACACCUCGGACCCCUGGUGGGCAGCUUUCAGUGGAGCCUGCAGUGACAUGAAUCUGACGCUGCAGCCCGAGAUCUUCCCAGCUGCUACGGACAGUCGCUACCUUCGCGCUGAAGGGGUCCCGGCCCUGGGAUUUUCUCCCAUGAACCAGACUCCAAUCUUGCUUCAUGAUCACAAUGAAUUCCUGAAUGAGGCGGUCUUUCUACGUGGCAUCGACAUCUACACCCGCCUGCUGCCUGCCCUUGCCAGCGUGCCUGCCUUGCCUGCCGAGUCCUGAGGCCCUGCUGCCCACCUGCUCACAGAGAGCGCUGAGAACAAUGGAACUACGAUCCAUUCUACUCAGCCACUCCCUUCUCCUCUUCCCCCAGACUCAUGCUCUUGCGGCCCACUUGACCCAACCCAGCUGCCACCCAUGCUGGAGAGGGUUGGGACGAGCUGGACCCUAGAGCUGGGCAUCAUCUCCUCUGAUUAGGUCAUGCAAAGAUGGGGGUGGGAGGGGGACUGCGUAGACCAGGCUAGCCUCGCAGGUCGACAGUCUGGUGCUCCAAGAACUCCCCCAUGUCCCAUCAACCUAUGUCCUUUUCCCAGCCCCUUCUGUUCCUCAGGCCUGUGAGGCCCUUUCGGACUCCACUGUUAACUCUGCAUACUCAGGGGGGCUUCCAUCCUUAUCAAUGCCAAAGAUUCCCAUCCCAGCACACAAUAAAGCCAUUUUACUUGGA